UGUCGGGUGCUCCCGGCGUCCGGAGGGCUUCUAGGCGGCGCGGCACGGGGACUUUUCGUCUCUCCCUGGCCUCUCCCGAACGCGUCUAUGAGCGCAGCGUUCCCGCCGUCGCUGAUGAUGAUGCAGCGCCCGCUGGGGAGUAGUACCGCCUUUAGCAUAGACUCGCUGAUCGGCAGCCCGCCGCAACCCAGCCCCGGCCAUUUCGUCUACACCGGCUACCCCAUGUUCAUGCCCUAUCGGCCCGUGGUGCUGCCGCCGCCGCCGCCACCACCUCCCGCGCUGCCCCAGGCUGCGCUACAGCCGGCUCUGCCCCCCGCGCACCCUCACCACCAGAUCCCCAGUCUGCCCACUGGCUUCUGCUCCAGCCUGGCUCAGGGCAUGGCGCUCACCUCCACGCUCAUGGCCACGUUGCCCGGCGGCUUCUCGGCGUCGCCCCAGCAUCAAGAGGCGGCGGCCGCCCGCAAGUUCGCUCCGCAGCCACUGCCUGGUGGUGGCAACUUCGACAAAGCCGAGGCGCUCCAAGCCGAUGCGGAGGAGGGCAAAGCCUUCCUGGCCAAGGAGGGCUCGCUGCUCGCCUUCUCUGCGGCCGAAGCGGUGCAGGCGUCGCUCGUCGGGGCUGUCCGAGGGCAAGGGAAAGACGAGUCAAAGGUGGAAGAUGACCCGAAGGGCAAGGAGGAGAGCUUCUCUCUGGAGAGCGAUGUGGACUACAGCUCAGAUGACAAUUUGCCUGGCCAGACCGCUCAUAAGGAGGAAGAUCCCGGCCACGCACUGGAGGAGACCCCGCAGAGCGGUGGUGCAGCGGGCAGCACUACAUCCACGGGCAAGAACCGGCGGCGGCGGACUGCCUUCACCAGCGAACAGCUGCUGGAGCUGGAGAAAGAAUUCCACUGCAAAAAGUACCUCUCCUUGACAGAGCGCUCGCAGAUCGCCCACGCCCUCAAACUCAGCGAGGUGCAGGUAAAAAUCUGGUUCCAGAACCGCCGGGCCAAGUGGAAACGCGUCAAGGCAGGCAAUGCCAAUUCCAAGACCGGGGAGCCCUCCCGGAACCCCAAGAUCGUCGUCCCCAUCCCCGUUCACGUCAGCAGGUUCGCUAUUCGAAGUCAACACCAGCAGCUGGAGCAGGCCCGACCCUGAGGACCCAGUCAGGGUGGACACCGUCGUGGAGAGGCCCUAACACCCGAGGGAACCCGUGGCAGAUUCCACUGUUUGAAGCAGAACUCAAAGGCACCUCCCAGAUGUGGACAUCCCAAGCAAAUUGAGAAUAUAUUCACUAGAUGGGCUUAAAGUGGGCUACGGCCACACCAGAAGAUACACUAAAUAUUUAUUAUACGACCCUACUUUGUACAUAGAUAUCUAUAUAGACUGGAUCUCAGCUGCAGUAUUUGAAAGGGAUAGGACCAAAGGUCUCCACCCACACAUUCCAGAUGAAAUAAACCCACCACUUGGUAUUCUGCCGCCCCGGGGCGGCCACCUUCCCAUACUUUCCCAAAGGUAAAUGGGAGACACAAGAACAAACACUGGGGUUUAAACUUAUUUUUUGUUCUUAAUUCUGGCUUUUUGAGUUGAGCGCAGAGCAGACUUCUUGGAAUCUAGGAAUCUGCUCUGCUCAUUUGCCUUUGCCUGGCUUUCUUCCCUGGGCUUGUCUAUCCUAUAUCUGAGCCAUGGCGGAAGCACGU